AUAUGCCGACCGAUAACGAAGUUAAAUCCGAAUUAGAUCUAGGAGAGCCACCCAUAGAACUCCUUGAAUAUGCCAGGAGAGAACUCGGAGAAGAUCCUGAUACAAGGGUACAAGUUUUGGCAGAAUUUCGUGACAUGAUUUAUGAAAGGGGAGAAUGUAUGCCACAUAGAACUGACGAUGCCUUCCUUUUAAGAUUUUUGAGGGCAAGAUAUUUCGUUUUAGAAAGAGCCCAUAGAUUGUUUGUAAAUUAUUAUAAUUUUAAAGAAAAUAAUCCUGAAAUAUUCGAAGGCGUCAAUUUAAUGAAACUGCAGGAAUUGGGAACUACAAAUAUUAUAACCGUCCCACCGUACAGGGAACAGACUGGUAGAAGAAUCCUGCUUUACAGAAUGGGUAAUUGGGAUCCAGAGAAUACUCCUGUAAUUGAAAUCUUGCAAGCAACUAUGGCAAUAUUAGAACUGGCAAUUCUCGAAGAAAGAGCUCAGAUUUUAGGAGGGAUUUGUAUUUUCGAUCUCGGCGACCUUUCGAUGCAGCAAGCUUGGCAUUUGACACCAAAUAUAGCAACUAAAGUCAUACAAAUUAUGGUCACGUCUUUUCCAAUGAAAGUGCACGCUCUUCAUAUAGUCAACCAGUCCAAAGUUUUCGACUUCGUAUAUAACAUUUUUAAACCACUUCUGAAUGAUCAAAUGAGAAAAAGGAUAUUUUUUCAUGGAGAUGAUAUGGAAUCCUUGCAUCAACACAUUAAUCCAAAGCAUUUGCCGGAACGGUAUGGUGGUGUUCAUCCAGAUUAUAGUUAUAGCGACUGGAUUGACUAUUUUAAAAAUAAUGAAAAAACGAAAAAGGAACUGCGCUCAUUAGGUUAUAGCAUAGAUGAGCCAUAAUCUAUCACAAUAAAAAGAAUACACUUGGAGCAAGAUUAUGAGAAAAUCAAUCUUAUUCAGAAACUAGAACUUUAACUUUUACUUAAUGUAAGUUAAUUCAGUUUUAUUAGGUCUUUAAAUGAAUUAUCAAUAGACAUUACCGUCGGGUAAUGGUCUUUUCUUAAAUAUCAUACUAUGCCUUUUAUAUAAAUAAAUACAUGGUUUUUUGUAAUGGGUUCAUAACUGUUUAAAUCAUGAAUAUACUGCUAGAGUAGGA